AGUUUUUUUUGUGGUUUCCACGUUACGCUUUUCAUUGGUUCUUUCGACCUCAACUUCGACGCAUCAGGCGUGGUGAGUUCUUCUUCCCUUUCGUCGUUUCCUCCUGCGUCGCCUCAACUUUUUCCUUCUCCUUUCCGCCGCAACGGCAUCCAAAAAAACACUGUUUACAACACAGCACUAACACAUAUACACCGUAGUUGCAAUGCUCCGCCGUCGAAGCCCUUUGCUGCAAGCAAGCAAGAAACUUUCGCCGCAGUUAGUCGUCGAUUCGCUCAAGAGGCGCGGCACGGGAGCCUUCUUUGGCUGCCCUGACUAUCAUCUGCGCCACCUCACCGCUUACCUGUCUGACCACACCAACACGGGGGAGUACGUUACGGCAACGAACAGCGGUAAUGCCAUGGCCAUGGCGGCGGGCCACUACCUGUCCACACUGCGCACCCCCUGCGUGCUCAUGCAAAAUGGCGGACUGGGUGACGCGAUGAACCCGGUGCUCACGCUUUUUAACCAGGAUGCGUAUCGUCUGCCUUGCCUCAUGCUCAUCAGCUGGCGCGGCAAGCCAGAGACGAGCGACGAGGAGGCGAUGCCUGGGUUGGUGGCGCAGGGCCGCAUGACGGAGCACUGCCUUACCGCCGUGGACAUCCCUUUCUCCAUCAUCGGCGACAGCGCUGACAUCGAAAUGAACUGGGACGUGGUGAUGGACAAAGCGUACUAUCACAUGAGCAACGAGAAAACGCCCUUUGCGAUUCUCGUUGAGCCCGACACGUUGGAAGAGUACACGCCGCACCGGCCCGACGCCGAUCCGCUGCCGCCGGCGCCACUGGAGCUCGACAACGUCGUCGAUCAGGUCUGCCGGCAGUUUAACGCGACGGACGCGUUUGUGUGCGGCUGCGGCAGCGUGCAGGCCGCCCUCCGUCGAGCUCGCGGCCAACGUGCCGAGGCGGCGUCUGCCGGUGCGUCGCAGGAUUUCCUGCUCGCGGACUCGGUCGGCCACACGUGCGGGGUGGCGGUGGGCGUCGCCGUGUCGCGGCCUGGGCAACAAGUCGUGUGCCUCGAAGGCGACGGCGCGGCACUCACGCACCUGAAUGGGAUGGCGACAGUGGGGGGUCUCAACGCGCUGAAGGACGCCAAAACGGGCGCGGGUCUGCUGCGCAACUUGAAGCACAUCGUGGUAAACGAUGGCGUCUACGCGUCAGCAGGGGGCCAGUCCACGGCCGCCUUGGACGUCUCGCUGACCGGCGUCGCCACGGCGUGCGGCUACUUUGCGGUGCGGGAUGAGCCGGUUGUGGAGCUAGGCGACCUCGUGUCUGCCCUCGCCGAACUGCGCCAGUGCGACGGCCCUGCGUUUCUCGAGGUGGUGGUGAACAAAUCACCCACAGCGAGACCGAAGGCGGAGGCGAGGCGCGAUUUGCUGCUCGAAAAGCAGUCGUUCGCGGACUUUAUGAUGCGAUCGAGGCCGUGA